AUGAAGCUGAGCUCCGCUCAUUCCGCCCUGUUUCUCCUAUCCUCAGUCCUCGGUCUCUCCAACGCCGGCUCCUCCCAUCUCAAUGACGAUUCACCAUGUGUCGCUCGCUCCCCGACUACCGGCCUGUACUUUGAUCUCAGCGCGAUCUCGUUAUCUCCGCCGGAACUGAAGGACGGCAAGAAGGUCGUCAAGGAUGCGCGGGAUGACAGCUGGCACGCCAAGGGCCAUGAUUACCCAGCUAACUUCACAAUCAACAUCUGCGCGCCGGUGAUUGAGAACGUGACGGAGGUGGUCGGCAUAGAGGCGUCGCGGUGGAAGAACGUCAGUGCUUAUUACGAGCGGGAUGAUAAAGUAUAUUCCAUAGGAGAACAAGCGUCUGAACCCUUCUUCCGUGGCCGCAAACUCGUCCUCAAUUACACCAAUGGCUCGCCGUGUCCAGAGGAGGGUAGCAUGAGCAGUUCCAAUGCCUCGACGCGACACAAGUCGACUAUCAUGUCGUUCCUUUGUGACCGCGAUGCACCGGCAAGCAUGGCCACCCCUUCUUUUGUCGGCACUCUGGAUUCAUGCACAUACUUCUUUGAAGUCCGCAGCUCAGCGGCUUGUGGUGGAAUUGCCGUAGACCCUCACGCUGGAGGUCUGGGACCCGGCGGUGUCUUCGGUGUGAUCAUGCUGAUUGCCGUGGCGGUGUAUCUGAUUGGUGGCUGCGCCUACCAACGAACAGUCAUGCAUCAACGUGGCUGGCGCCAAUGCCCGAACUUCAGCCUCUGGGCCGGAGUCUUCGACUUUGUCAAAGACAUGUUCAUCAUUUUCUUUUCAUCAGUAGGCAACAUCUGCCGUAUCAACCGCUCCCGCUCAAACAGCGGCUAUGUGCGCGCAAACUCCGAUGGCGGUCGUGGCGGUGUCAUCGGAGCCAUCGGAGGACGUGGAGGACGUGGCCAGGGACGCGAUGUGGAUGCCGAGAACCGGCUAAUAGACCAACUGGAUGAGGAGUGGGAUGAUUAG